UGGCAUCAGGAGAAAACUUUCUUUCAUAUUCUGCUGUUUGACUUGUAAACGGCCAUUUUGUGUGGCGUGUGGCGGUUUUCGUCCACCGAAAUUUCGUGCAUUGGACAUUUAACUGAUAUAGUUGGUAAAUACUGAAAAUAAAUCUUAAGCCAAAAUGCCUAAACCAGUAAAUGUUCGUGUCAUUACCAUGGAUGCUGAGUUGGAAUUUGCCAUCCAACCCAACACCACUGGAAAACAGUUGUUCGAUCAGGUUGUGAAGACGAUUGGAUUGCGGGAAAUUUGGUUUUUUGGUCUUCAGUACACUGACAGCAAAGGCUUGACAACGUGGUUGAAACUUAAUAAAAAGGUGCUAAACCAGGAUGUUAAGAAAGAGAAUCCUUUGCAAUUCAAGUUCCGUGCCAAAUUUUAUCCUGAAGAUGUUGCUGAAGAAUUAAUUCAGGACAUAACUGUGCGCCUGUUUUAUCUUCAAGUUAGAAAUGCUAAACUUAGUGAUGAAAUAUAUUGUCCACCUGAAACAUCUGUGCUUUUAGCUUCUUAUGCAGUUCAAGCAAAACAUGGAGAUUAUAAUGCAGAAAUUCACAAACCUGGUUGUUUAGCAAAUGAUAGAUUACUUCCUCAAAGAGUGAUGGACCAACAUAAAUUAACAAAAGAACAGUGGGAAGAAAGAAUAAUGAAUUGGUGGGCUGAGCAUAAAGGAAUGCCUCGGGAAGAUGCUAUGAUGGAAUACUUGAAAAUAGCUCAAGAUCUCGAGAUGUAUGGUGUUAAUUAUUUUGAAAUCAAAAAUAAGAAAGGAACAGAUCUGUGGCUAGGUGUAGAUGCUUUGGGUUUGAAUAUUUAUGAGAAAGAUGACAAGUUGACUCCAAAGAUUGGUUUCCCAUGGAGUGAAAUAAGAAAUAUUUCUUUUAAUGACAAGAAAUUUGUAAUAAAACCCAUUGAUAAAAAAGCACCUGAUUUUGUGUUUUUUGCACCUCGUCUCAGGAUCAAUAAGAGGAUAUUGUCAUUGUGCAUGGGUAAUCAUGAGUUAUAUAUGAGGCGUAGAAAACCUGAUACUAUAGAAGUUCAACAAAUGAAAGCUCAAGCUAGAGAAGAAAAGUUGGCCAAGCAACAAGAACGUGAGAAACUUCGUCGGGAAAUGGAAGCUCGAGAACAAGCAGAGAAAAAACAGCAGGAAUAUGCUGAGAAGAUUAAGCAGAUGCAAGAAGAAAUGGAAAAUAGACAGAAAGAACUUUUGGAAGCUCAAGAAAGCAUUCGCCGUCUGGAAGAACAGUUACGCCAAGUGCAGCAGUCGAAGGCUGAAUUAGAAUCAAAACAAAAUGAAUUGGAAGAGAUGUUGAAGAAACUUGAAAAUGAUAAAGCAAUGGAAGCUGAAGAGAAAGCAAGAUUGGCUGAAGCUAUCAUGCUAAAACAGCAAGAAGUCCAGCGAAUCCAGGAGGAAGUGAACUUGAAGGAUGAAGAGACAAGAAAGUUGCAGGAAGAAGUUGAAGAAGCUCGUCGUAGACAACAGGAAGCUGCAGCAGCAUUGCUGGAUGCAACAACGCCUCAGCACCUUAACAUACAAGAAGAUGAACAUGAAGAAAAUGAUGACAUGGUGAAUGGAGAAUUUGGUGCAGAGUUGUCGCGUGAUGAUUCAAUUAAUUUGCCAAGACCAGAAGAAGAAAGGAUUACUCAAGUUUCAAAGGAAAAACAUCUACAAGAUCAGCUAAAAGAAUUAAGCAAAGAACUUGCAUCUUCAAAGGAUGAAACUAAAUUAACUAAGAACGAUCUCUUGCAUCAAGAAAAUGUAAGGCAAGGACGAGACAAAUACAAGACCCUGCGUGAAAUUCGAAAGGGCAACACUAAGCGACGAGUGGAUCAGUUCGAAAACAUGUAAAAGAUUGUUGAUUUUGUUGAAGGGUCCUCGUACUUCAUUCUAUCAAGAAUAGUGAAUGCUAUGUACUAGGGGGCUUAACUGUUAUUUCUGAAAAUGUUAACUGUGAAAGCAUUUGCAAAAGAGGCAUCAUUGCAGUUCAUAGCAUACAUUCCAUAUCUAAUUCAAUUUGUUUCACAAAACAUAACAUUUUUAGUUCAGGGAGUUCGAUUUUCUCCAGACUAGAUCUGAAUUUUAAUUUGUGUAAUCUGUAUUAUUAAAAAAAUUAAUAACUUCCAUUUGAGUUUGAAAGACUAUGAACACUACAAUGAAAUUCUGUAAAAUUGCAAUGAAAUUCAUAAAAAAGAAACUAUUUUAGAAAAGGAGUAGCAGAGAGAAUAUAUUUUUUUACGAACAAAGCAAAUUUUAAGUUGGCAUUUUUUUAAAGUGUAAAAUGUUGAAUUAAUAUUGCCUGAUUAUCAUACCCUAUUACAAUGUGCCUUUGUAUCCAUAAACUAUGUUUGCUAGGAAAAUCUGAACUUUCAUAAUUUUAUACAUUUUUCCUAGAAAUUUAAUGCUUUCAUAAUAUUUUGAGCCCGGCGUACUUACAGUAUUAAGAAUUGAGCUAUUUUCAUCUGUAAUUGGUUUUGUACAUGAUUAGUUGAGUAUGUACUGAAGCUUAUUGAAAGCUUAGUAACAAGAAUGAAUUAUCUAGGCUAUCAUCAGCUGAAGUAUGUAUUUAUGCACUCAUAUUUUUUACUUCAAAUUCUGUUUUUGCCUUGUACGUAGUUUACAAAUUAGUCUUUUAUAUGCAGUUUCCAAGCCUUGUAUUUUGAUAUAUAUAUCUAUUGUUAAAUAUGUUUUAAAUCUGUUUUCUAACUCACAGGAGCUUGUUUAAAGGCUUGUAGUUUGUAAAACUUAGCACAUGACCAACUCUGUUUUUAACAAUGUUUCCCCUUCAUAUUAAGUGUGCAAAAGUAGUAUUGUUUCCAUAUUGCACAUAAGGAAUUAAAUUUUCAUUUGUAUUUUUUUAUAACUUGGUAUAAAAGAGACUUAUCCCAUAUUAAAUGUUAAAAAAUGAAAAUAUUUAUAGACAUUAAAUCACAAUCAAACACUUGUUAAUUUUUUAAUUUUUAGUCUUUAUUUAUGAGCUGUUUUGUGCCAGUACAGUAUUGUAUUUCUCUAGGAAAAAGGGCAGGAUAUGUUAGUGAGUGUUUAAUAAAUGUUUUUGCAACAACAUUGAUUUGUAAUAUUUCAGUUUUAGUUCUGUGCCAAAAAUAAUAUCAGCAUUUCAGCUAAAAUUGCUGGUCAAUUUCAGUAACUGUUUUCCUCCGCCCCCCCUUUUUUUUCUGUUUCUCCUGUGUUGCAUGCAUUUAUUUGAAUCAAAAUAAUUAAUAUGUUUUAAAUUUAGUUUUAUCUGUUUCUUAUGAUCUUGCUGCAUCUAACAUAUCUUGCAAUUCAAGUGUUUCAUUAUGCUUAAUUUCUUAAUUGAUGUUUAGUUGUAUUUACUUUGAGUUAAUACUGUUAAGUCAUAAAAUUAGUGAUUUUUAUUUGAGUGAAUGCAAUUCUGUCAUUGUAAGCAUAUCAUUAUUGAUCUUCUGUAACUUCAUAAUGGUCCAGGCACGGUAAUGAGGCAAGUUUGUUAAUAGUAUUCAUUUACUGGAUAUUGAAAUUUUUAAAGUUAAUAAAAAGCUAAGUUUUACAGUC